CCAAAAGAUUUGAUAAUUUAGAACUCUCCAGCUCCUCUUCUUCUCUCAUCUCUGUUAGGCAAGAGAAAGGCCGGCAUUCGUCUGUGACGGAAACAGUCCGUCACCGUCACCGUCGCCGUCGCCAUCUGCCGUUAACCCUUAAAGGACUUUUUUCCCUCUUCAAACAAACGUUGCAAUGGUGGAUCGGCAAAACAAAACCCUAAUCUAUCCAUGCCAAAACAGCUCCUCGGUAUUGAUACAAAACCCUAAUCCGUCCAAGCCAGAACAGCUCCUCUGUUGUCCAGCAUCAUAGGAGGCUUGAAUUGAAGAUUUCACCGAAUUCGCGAUCACAGCUAGAAAUCGACAAACCUUGAAUCAAGAGCUUUAAUGGCGGAUUUACAGAGGAAUAGAAACCACUAGCUCAUCGAUGGCAGAGGAAAAGAAGCAGCUAAAAAAAUCAGCACAAGGUCUCCUCCUUGGUCGAUACGAGGUAGGAAAGCUUCUUGGCCAUGGCACCUUCGCGAAGGUCUACCAUGCUCGGAACGCAAAAACAGGUCAGAGCGUUGCGAUCAAAGUUCUUGACAAAGAGAAGAUCCUCAAAGGAGGCCUUGUGUCUCACAUUAAGCGAGAGAUUGCCAUCCUUCGGCGAGUCCGGCACCCUAACAUAGUCCAGCUCUACGAAGUCAUGGCCUCAAAGGUGAAGAUCUACUUUGUAAUGGAGUAUGUGAAAGGAGGGGAACUCUUUAACAGGGUUUCCAAAGGAAGGCUCAAAGAGGAGACGGCAAGAAAGUAUUUUCAGCAACUGAUUAGUGCAGUUGGAUUCUGCCAUGUUAGAGGCGUUUAUCACAGAGAUUUGAAGCCUGAAAACCUCCUCCUAGAUGAAAAUGGAGACCUGAAAGUCUCGGAUUUCGGACUUAGUGCUGUGUCUGAUCAGAUCAGGCAAGAUGGUCUCUUCCACACAUUUUGUGGAACUCCUGCCUAUGUAGCACCAGAGGUCCUGUCAAAAAAGGGUUAUGAUGCAGCAAAGGUCGAUAUAUGGUCCUGUGGCGUGAUCCUGUUCGUUUUGAUGGCAGGUUACCUACCCUUUAAUGAUCCGAAUGUUAUGCUACUGUAUAAGAAGAUCUACAAGGGUGAAUUCCGGUGCCCUAAAUGGUUUUCAAGUGAUCUCUCCAAACUGCUCGCUCGGCUCUUGGAUACUAACCCUGAGACCAGGAUUACAAUACCAGAGAUCAUGGAAAAUCGAUGGUUCAAGAAGGGGUUUAAGCAGGUCAAAUUCUACAUAGAAAAUGAUCGAGUUUUCAAAGAAGCAGACGAUGCAGUGGAGAGCUCAGGAGAGUGCUCGGAGAGCGAUGGGGAAUUUUCAGCUGAUGUUCCAGUGAAGCCCAGGGGCCUUCCAAGACCAGCAAGCCUAAAUGCCUUUGAUAUCAUCUCAUUUUCUCCAGGUUUCGAUUUGUCAGGACUUUUCGAAGAGAACAAAGGGGAAGAGGCAAGGUUCGUUUCUGGUGCACCUGUGACUUCGAUUAUAUCAACAUUGGAGGAAAUUGCAAAAGUUGUGAGCUUCACAGUGAGGAAAAAGGAGAGUUGUGGUAUGAAAUUGGAAGGGGGAAGAGAGGGAGAGAAGGGGAAAUUGGAAAUUGCAGCCGAGAUUUUCGAAUUGACACCCGAUUUGGUUGUUGUCGAGGUGAAGAAGACAGGGGGUGAUCGAAGAGAGUACGAGGAGUUUUGCGACAGAGAGCUGAGGCCUGGUUUGCGGAAAAUCAUGUCUGAGGUUCGUAUGCAUGAUUCUCUUAAUCCUCGUCAUCUUGUUUCUGAUAGUGAUGAACCUGUUACUCCUCAUCAUGUUGUUUCUGAUACAGAGUGAGAAGAGUGAAUUCAUGUGAAUUGCAUUAUUAUUAAUGCAGAGUAUCUGCUCUUUUUCCUCUUCCUUUUCUCUUAAAAGUAAAUAUGAAAAAUAUAUAUUAUUAAAGUUAUUUCUUUUAUUUCUUCAUUUGUAUCGACAUGGUGCUUAUUUAGAAUAUUCAAGUUAUCAUACGAUCGUCUGCA